AUCCAUCCAAACCGCGGAGUUGCCCACGUCCACCCAAUCCUCCUCCAUCCACGGCGGCGACCACCCCGCCGGCGUCCAUAACCCCUAAACCCCGGCGAAUCCCCCCGCCUCCGCCAUGGCCGACACGCUCGCCUUCCCUCUCCCUCUCCGCGCGCCCGCCCCGCCGCCGUCUUCCCCCAUCUCCCAGGCCUCCGCGCACUCCUCCCCUCCUCCCCGCAUCUUCUCCCUCCUCUCGUCCUCCCACCCCGCGCCGUCUUCCUCCACCUCCCGCAAGCCCCGCCUCGGCCGCCCAGGAGGAGGAGGACAGCAGCCAUGGCACCUCCCGCCGUCACUCUCACUCCCGGCGCGCCGAGCGCUGCUCGCCCUCCUCGACGAUCCGGGGCGCGCCACCUCCCCGCGGGACCUCCUGUCAGGGCUCCCCGCGCCCGAGCUGGCUGCCGUGGUAGGCGCCCUCGGCUCACGCGGCCAGCCGGGCGCCGCGCUCGCCGCCCUCCACGCCGCGCGCGAGCUCCACGGCGAGGGCGUGCUCCACCACCCGCGCGUCCUCGCCACCGCCAUCCGCGUCAUGGCGCGCGCGGGGCGCCUCGCCGAGGCAUCCGCGCUCCUCGACGCCGCGCCGGGCCCCGACGCCGGCGCGUACACGGCCCUCGUCUCCGCGUUCUCCCGGGCCGGCCGGUUCCGGGACGCGGUCGCCGUGUUCAGGCGCAUGGUGGACAGCGGAGUCCAGCCCGCCAUCGUCACCUACAACGUCGUGCUCCACGUGUACUCCAAGAUGGCCGUUCCAUGGAAGGAGGUGGUGGAGCUCGUCGCCUCUAUGAAGGAACACGGCGUCGCGCCGGAUAGGUAUACGUAUAACACGCUCAUCAGCUGUUGCCGCCGUAGGGCGCUUUACAAGGAGGCAGCACAGGUGUUCGAUGAAAUGAAGGCUUCUGGGUUCGAACCUGACAAGGUCACAUUCAAUUCGCUGCUCGAUGUAUAUGGUAAGGCGCGAAGGCACGACGAAGCAAUUGAGGUGAUCCAGGAGAUGGAGCGUGUGGGCUGCCCACCCAGUGUGGUGACCUACAACUCACUCAUUUCGUCGUAUGUGAAGGAUGGGUUGUUGGAACAGGCAGUUGCGCUCAAGCAGGAGAUGGAGGUGAAGGGAAUGAAGCCAGAUGUGGUGACAUACACGACAUUGAUCUCUGGCCUUGACAGAGCUGGCAAAAUUGAUGCAGCAAUUGUGGAAUAUGAUGAAAUGGUGAGGAACGGAUGCAAGCCAAACCUGUGCACAUACAAUGCAUUGAUCAAGAUGCAUGGGGUGAGGGGGAAGUUCCCAGAGAUGAUGGCUGUCUUUGAUGAGUUCAGGUCUGCUGGUUUUGUGCCGGAUAUUGUGACCUGGAACACGCUCUUAGCUGUGUUUGGGCAGAAUGGUUUGGAUUCUGAAGUGUCUGGGGUGUUCAAGGAGAUGAAGAAAGCUGGUUACAUCCCUGAGAGGGAUACGUAUGUUUCACUUAUUAGUUCGUAUAGUCGAUGUGGUUUGUUUGACCUAGCAAUGCAGAUAUACAAGAGGAUGAUGGAAGCCGGUAUAUACCCUGAUGUUUCAACUUAUAAUGCUGUUCUGUCUGCCCUGGCUCGUGGUGGGCGUUGGGAACAAGCAGAAAAGUUGUUUGCUGAGAUGGAGGAGCGAGAUUGUAAGCCAGAUGAGUAUAGUUAUUCUUCAUUGCUUCAUGCGUAUGCAAAUGCAAAGAGGUUAGACAAAAUGAAAGCUUUAUCAGAUGAUAUAUAUUCAGAGAGGAUAGAACCACAUAAUUGGCUAGUGAAAACAUUGGUCUUGGUCAACAGCAAAGUUAAUAAUUUAGCUGAGGCCGAAAAGGCUUUCCUGGAACUAAGACAGAAGCGGUGUUCAUUGGAUAUUAAUGUUCUUAAUGCCAUGGUUUCCAUAUAUGGGAAAAACAGGAUGGUCAGGAAGGUUGAGAAGAUUCUUUCACUGAUGAAGGAAAGUGCUAUCAACCUCAGUGCUGCUACCUACAAUAGCUUGAUGCAUAUGUAUUCUCGUUUAGGUGAUUGUGAAAAGUGUGAAAAUAUUCUCACUGAGAUCAAGUCAAGUGGUGUGCGCCCUGAUAGAUAUUCUUAUAACACUGUGAUCUAUGCAUAUGGAAGAAAAGGACAGAUGAAAGAAGCAUCAAGAUUGUUCUCUGAGAUGAAAUGUUCAGGUCUGAAACCAGAUGUUGUAACAUACAAUAUUUUUGUCAAGAGUUAUGUCUCCAACUCAAUGUUUGAGGAAGCUAUUGAGUUAGUACGCUAUAUGGUCACUCAAGGUUGCAAGCCCAAUGAGAGAACUUACAAUUCAAUAGUGGAGGGCUAUUGUAGGAAUGGAAAGUUGACUGAUGCCAAAAUAUUUGUUAGCAACCUUCCUCAGCUUCAUCCUGGAUAUUCUAAACAAGAACAGCAAAAUUUGUUUGAAGUUAUAGCAAAGUACACUCAAAGAUAGUUGAUAAAUAGAAUAUAUUCUUCGUAUUAUUGAGCAUGACUACCAGAUAACACUAACCUGUUGACGUUGGUGACUUGUAUUUCAAAGCAGAAACACACGGAUUAAUUGUUUUCUGAAUAAGGAAGAGAACACUGACAAUGGUAUAUAGUUAGUUUGUCUGCUCAAUUUGCUGAGAUAUUCAUAUUUGUUAAACCUCCAACCCAGAUAGAUGAGCCGCCUUGUUUUAGUAUAUGGUGCCUGUAGCAUUUUGAAUCUGAUCGGGUGGAAGUUUUUCCUGUAAACAAUGUGUUACAUGUGUAUGUUUCUUUUCAAAUGUUUAUGCAUGGUACAAGCUGAUAUAAUUAAAGUUAAUGGUUCAAAAUAUAUACCAUUUGGUA